UUCCAUUUCCGGUCGGUUUCGUUGCUAAGUAACAGCGCCUAGCCACCUAACAGACGCUAGCUUGAUGCUAUAUUCAGGAGUUUGGGAAAACACAACGUUUCGAGUGAUUUCUCAUCGAUAAAACUACUCGUUGGAAGUCAUGACAGCUAUAAAAGACGGGGAGUACACGGCUACAAUCUACAAACUGAUUAAAGACGGCCAGUAUGUGGAAGCAAUUCACAUCCUAAACGGUCAACUUCAAAAACACACAAAGUCCAGGGCAGCACUGUCUCUGAUGGGUUACUGCUACUAUCACAUCCAGGAUUUCACCAACGCAGCAGAGUGCUACGAGCAGCUCACCCAGCUGCACCCAGAGGUGGAGGAGUACAAAGUGUACUACGCCCAGUCUCUGUACAAAUCUGGGGCUUAUCCUGAAGCCACCAAGGCCUCCUUCGUGCUUGACAACCCCAGCAGUCACACCAAGAUGGUCAAGCUGCAAGCCUGCAUCAAAUACUGUGAGGAAGAUUACUCUGCUGCCAAGUCCAUGCUGGAGCAGCUGCCCCAGGACGACCCAGACUACAUCUACAAUAUGGGCUGUUUGCUUUACCAGGACGGCAAGUACGAGGAGGCCUGUAAGAAGUUCAUGUCGGCCAUGCAAGUGCUGGGAUACGUGCCAGCGUUGUCCUACAACAUCGCCUUGUGUUACUACAACCUGAAGAACUACGAUCAGGCACACAAAUACAUCGGAGAGAUCAUAGAACGAGGCAUCAAAGACCAUCCAGAGCUGAGUGUCGGCUUGACAACUGAGGGAAUCGACCUCCCGAGCGUUGGCAACACGCUGGUGCUGCAGCAGACGGCCCUGAUCGAAGCUUCCAACCUCAAAGCUGCCAUCGAAUACCAGCUGAAGAACAUAAAAGUAGCUCAGGACGCGUUGACAGACAUGCCCCCCAGAUCAGAGGAGGAGCUGGACCCAGUGACACUCCAUAACCAGGCUCUGUUGAACAUGGACACGAAGCCGUCUGAGGGUUUCGAGAAGCUGGCCUUCUUGCUCCAGCAGCCCUCCUUCCCACCCGUAACCUUUGGAAACCUGCUGCUGCUUUACUGCAAACACGAGUACUUUGACCUGGCAGCUGACGUCCUGGCAGAGAACGCCCAUCUCACCUACAAGUUCCUCUCUCCGUAUAUGUAUGAGUUUCUUGACGCCUUGUUGACCUGCCAGACGGCACCAGAGGAGGCGUUUAGGAAGUUUGAUGAGAUGAAUGGAAAACUGACGGAGCAGUUACGCAAGCUGGCCAAGCAGUUGCAGGACGUCAGGCUGGUUCGAGAAGAUGAGGUGCAGAAGAAAGCUCUGCAGGAGUACGACCUGAUGCAGGAGAAGUACAUCGUGGUCCUGAUGGCCCAGGCCAAGAUCUACUGGAACCGGGAGAACUUCCAGAUGGUGGAGAAGAUUUUCCGUAAAUCGGUGGAGGUCUGCAACGAGGACGACACCUGGAAGCUGAACGUAGCCCACGUGCUCUUCAUGCAGAACAAGUACAAGGAGGCCAUCGGCUUCUACGAGCCCAUCGUCAAGAAGCACUACGACAACGUGGAGCAGUGUAACAUUCAGGAGUGUCCCUGCAAGUGCAAACCUUCGAUCCUGAAUGUGAGCGCUGUGGUUCUGGCCAACCUGUGUGUGUCCUACAUCAUGACCAACCAGAAUGAAGAGGCUGAGGAGCUGAUGAGGAAGAUUGAGAAAGAGGAGGAGCAGAUCUCCUACGAUGACCCCGACAAAAAGGUGUUCCACCUCUGCAUCGUCAACCUGGUUAUCGGGACGCUGUACUGCGCCAAAGGGAACUACGACUUCGGCAUCUCUCGUGUCAUCAAGAGCCUGGAGCCUUACAACAAGAAGCUGGGGACGGACACAUGGUUCUACGCCAAGCGAUGUUUCCUGUCUCUGUUGGAGAACAUGUCCAAACACAUGGUCAUGCUGCGGGACGCUGUGGUUCAGGAGUGCAUUCAGUUCCUGGAGCACUGCGAGGCGUACGGUAAGGAGGUUCCAGCCAUCAUCGAACAACCUCUGGAGGAGAUCCACACUCACAUCGGCAAGAACACCGUCACCUACGAGGCUCGACUACUCAAGGCGCUGUUCUACGAGGUCAUUGGCUGGAACAAGUGACAUCAUCACACAGGUGCCACUGUGACAUGUGAGGUUUGCUGAUCUGUCAAAUCACCAGCUGCAGACGGAGAGGAGAUGUUGUUUGUGUCUUCGUGGCUGGAAUCAAAAGACAAUCAGCACACGUAUACUGACACACACACUCAAUCGCACACACACACACACACACACACACACACACACACACACACACACACACACGCACGCACCCCAAGCUUUUAUUUUGAAAUUGAUCUUGGAGGGUUUGGCAGAAACAGGUCUUACAUAAUCAAGCCUCUCAUGUGAAGCUUAUGAACUGUACAAUGUGCUCGGUAACAUUUCACAGCCUGUUGUUUGCAGCAGUUAUUGUGUAAACUGUUGAGAUAACUUGUUUCAUAUAUUCACCUCUCUUAAGUAAUCUUUGUCUUUUUUUCUAAUUGCCUGCCUCCAAACAAACAGGUCUGUGUUAUUAACUGUAACAUGAGGCCUCCAUCUCCGACUGAAGCUCCACUUCAGGUCAGAGAUGAUCUGUAUUUAUAACUGAAUGUCACAACAUGACACACUUUGUUAUAUUGGUUGUUUAUUCUGUUAACAUAAAAUACAUGAGAGCUUUUUGUAUGUAAGUUCAUCUACAUGCGUUCAUGUUCGUGCAUAUUUCCUCUUUGGUCAGUGCUGGUUGUACAGCUGCCUUCUGCCCCGUUUUAUAUUCAGAAGACAAAAUGUUUGUGACAGAAAAAACAUAAUUUAAAGAAAAUAAAGAGUGUUAUUUUUGAAAACAAAA